GUCUAAAAUGGAUGUAUCUAAACGUAUUUUAAUACUAAAUACAUCCCUUUGAGCGAUAUUGUAUAUUGUGAUGUUUUAACGGAUUUUAUAAAUCAAAUGUUGAUUUUGAAUCGGGAGCACAUGCCCAAUACAAAAUACUAAUCAGUGACAAAUUCCAAAUUUUCGUGUAAAAAAUACUUUAGUCGUUGCAUCCACUCCGCUUUGCUCGUCAUUUCCUGUGUUCCUGAUGGCGUCCCCGACGGCGACGCCGCAUUCUUUAUCGCAGCAGAAAUGACGUCCUAUACGACCUGGUCUCACAUCGCAUCUCGUAAGACCCUCUACAGAAGAUGCCACGUGUCCUUCACCAAUCUUGAUGCGCCUUUUCUUCCCAAUCCUCCUAACGAUGCCCAGCCUGCCGCCAGCACUCGUCGAUCUAGUCCCCUCCGCUACUCGUCUAUCCUGUCGCCCAUGUCCGGCGAGCUGGUAGGCGGACAAAAAUCACACACCCGAUACGGCAAGGGGCAGAGGAGGCAUAGCAGCCAUGGGAGCGGCUACUCAGUCGAGCCGGUGGUGGGAGCACAUGCACAGCGAGCUCGCCGCCGACCAGUGCGCUCCCUGUCUGCAAAAUACGAAAGCCCGGGCCGACCGUACUCGAUCCAGCACGGCAACACCAGCCGCUACAUCCCACGAGAAGUGACUAAAUUAUGCUGCCCUGCCCCUUUCGAAGGAACUUCACGAGGUCGCCGGCAAGUUUCCCGGCGCCGCCGAUGACUCGCGUCGUGGUAGAAUAAGAGACGGUACGGGGAGUUGUAGCACAGCAGGCCGGGACGAAGAAGAUGGGAUUCGGUUGUUUGCUUAGAGGUUCGUGAUCCACGUGUACGCCGAUGGAAUGGGUCGUUCUGUUGGGAGCCAGCGACCCGGUCGCAUAAGAUUUCCUUCCCUAAUGGAACUGCAGCUCCAGAUCAACUACCUGACCGCCCAUCACGCCCUCCUCUCGCGCGGCAACGUACGAUGGCAGCGACGCGGCGUGUGCUAGUGCUCUGCCGCCUCUCGCCGGCCUCCCUCGCCGGCCUCGCCGCCCGCUUCAGCCUCCUCGACCGCCACGCCUCGCCGCUCUCCAUGGAAGCCUUCCUCGCCGCCGCGGCUGCCGACGUCGACCCACCGCGCCUGGCCCUCGUCCCGGGCGUUGGCGUCCGCGUCGACGCGGCUUUCCUGGACGCCGUCCCGUCGCUGCGCUGCGUGGUGACCGUCAGUGCAGGCCUGAACCACGUCGACCUCCCCGAGUGCGCGCGCCGCGGCGUCGCCGUGGCCAACGCGGCCGGGGUCUACUCCUCGGACGUCGCCGAUCACGCCGUCGGCCUGCUCAUCGACGUGCUCCGCCGCGUAUCGGUCGCCGACAGGUACGUGCGGCGGGGGCUCUGGCCGGAGCGCGGCGACUUCCUCCCUCUCGGGUCCAGGCUCCGCGGGAAGCGCGUGGGCGUCGUCGGCCUCGGCAGCAUCGGGUCGGCGGUCGCGAGGAGGCUGGAGGCGUUCGGCUGCGUCGUCUCCUACCACUCCCGCCGCCGGAAACACGACGUCUCCUACUGCUACCACCCCGCGGUGCGCGACCUCGCGGCGUGCUCCGACGUGCUGGUCGUCGCGUGCGCGCUGACGGCCGAGACCCGGCACGUCGUGGACAGGCGGGUGCUGGACGCGCUGGGGAGCGGCGGCGUGGUGGUGAACGUGGCGCGCGGCCCGAACGUGGACGAGGCGGAGCUGGUGAGGGCGCUCGCGGAGGGCAGGCUCGCGGGCGCCGGGCUGGACGUGUUCGAGGGCGAGCCCGACGUGCCGGCGGAGCUGCUGGCCAUGGACAACGUCGUGCUGACGCCUCAUCGGGCCGCGUUCACCCCGGAGUCCAUAGCCGACCUCGACCGCCUCGUCGCCGGCAACCUGGAGGCCUUCUUCGCCGGCGCACCGCUGGUUACGCCGGUCGUCGUCUCCGACUGAGCACAAAGAAUGUCGAUCGUGACUGGCCGCGAGCUCUUCACAAAGAAAUAAAAACUGGCAUUGAUUAGUCCACCACCAA